AGAACCUACCCUGUCUCCCUAUCUCAAUCCCACUCCCUGAUCUGCAGCAGUCAUCGCCCCUCCUCCUCCCGGCUCCGGGUCAGCCGUCGCAGCCAAUCCCCGCACGCAGCAGCUGGGGUCUGGGUCUGGCCCCGCCCCCCUCCCCUGCCCCAGCCUCCUCCCUCUGGAAACGCUCCAACAUUAUAAAUGCAUUGUCCAGCUCUUCCUCGCAAGUCUGCGGUCUGGUCCCCGUGCCUGUAGAGUGAAACGCUUCUUCUCGUCUUUGUGAAACUUCAGCAUCCACUAUGAGAGAAAUCGUGCACAUUCAGGCCGGCCAGUGCGGUAACCAGAUCGGUGCUAAGGUAGGAAAAUAUCCUAGUUGAAGAAUUUAUUUGAUUAAUUGUAAAAAUGUUUUCUCUUAUUGUUGAAAACGCCACAGACUCUGUGUGCAGAAAUAAGUCAUCAGACGUAUUUUCCUAACUCUCUCUUUUUUAAUAUGACUCCGAGACAAUAGACUCCCUUUGUUUCUCUUUGGAAUAAAUUAAAAGCACACUUAUUACAUCAAUUAGACCAUGCAGUAUGCUUUUUUAAUAUAUUGUGAAUCAGAAAAUGUAUCCCAUAUAUAUAAAACGUCUGUUAGGGCUCAUUUUUCCACUCUCCACAGUGUGCAUUGCGGUAACUGGUGGGUGGGUGUGGAUUAGUGGACCGUGCCUCUCACUGAAAUAACGGGGGUCUUGUGUCUCGACUGGUUUUGUUCACACAACACCGGGCGUGUCUCAGAUAUGAGAAUUCAGCUAACCUACUAAGACCAAAAAAAAAGAAAAAGAAAAAAAAUACAGUCUAUUUUUCAUUUGUCAGAGCCCCCCUGUCAUUGUACUGAGCACUCCUCUGGUUUCUUUGUCUCGCAAAGGCAGAUAUGGCUGGUAUUUCAGACAAUGAGUGGGGAAGCUGGGAUGGGAGGCCUAGCAAUCCCCCUACCCCACCCUCCUCUUCAUCUGAACGGCCAAUGAUCAAUAUCCUUUAUUGAUUAGAUUUCGUAUCUGCAGGCUGUGAUGCAGACUGCUGGUUAAGCUGGUGAAAAAGCAGGGAAGCUGUGGAAAGGGUGUGGCAUUGAUGAUCCUCGAAAAAGCUAAUUUUUCCUUUAAAAUGGUGCAUUUUGUAAGAGAAAUAUCAUUUUUUUCCAAAUCUAAUUUUCCUAUGUAUAUAUUUUUCUAAUUCUGCUUAUUGUUCAUUCAUUUGAAACCAAAUUGCACUUAAAAGGGUCCUGCAGUCUGCCUCACAAGUACAAUACAUCAUCACCCACCCAACCUUACAGCAACAAUUGCAGUCUACCUCUGCAGAUGCCUUCUAGGGCCAUUAUUAUCCCUGCUGUCUGAUUAACUCCUUUUGUUUCACAGCAUGUUUUACAGCACAUCAUUUGCUACAGACAGCAUAUGUUUAAGUCUGACCUCUUGAACGCACCCAGGAAUCUUAGUCUGGUAUUCAGAUACAGUUCAUAGACUACUUCAUCAUCAAUGGUGCAUGUAUUACAGAGUACGUCAGUAUUAUAGUGAUGUUCUGCAGACAGAGAUUUAAAUGUCCCAGAAAAGGGGGUCUGUCUUCUCGUAAUCAAUGUCUUUCCUCUCCUAACCAAAUUAGGAGUUGGGUGGGGGAGGAAUGGAGGAAACAGCUGAUGCACAGCAGUGGGUGAAGUCACUGGAUUCUCAAUUGACUUAAUAUGCAAUUGCUGCCGUUGUCUCUCGAGAGUUGCUAUAGGAUAUUAACACAACAAAUAACAAUCGUAUAUGAUUUCAGUAAAUUUAUUUAAACUGUUAGUGAUUAUUUUGAAAGCAAAAUUCACCUUAGAAAAGAAUAGACAUAUAUUUUAAAGUAAAAUUAUGAAUCCAUUAUCCAUUCAAGUGUUGAGAACAAUUUGUAUUUUUUAGUUGACCCAGUAUUGUGUUAAAACAAACACUGGUGGUGAAACAGUGCACAUCCCUACUCCUCUCCAAUCCCUGAGGACUCAUUGACUUAGAUGUCCAGUGGAUAUGAUUGACAGACUUGCUGAAGGGCUACAUUGUGGUGAAUGGGGUCAGGGUGUGGCAUUGCUUUCCAGCUUAUUGUCCUCAUUCUUUCACUGGGAUGAUUUUGGGUCUGUACAGAUAGCCAUCUAUUGUGUCACUGUCAAGCAGCUCUCCGUUUUUGUUUUUUUUUUCAUUUAUUUGCCGUUUUGUUUUUCCAGCCUUUGUUCUUCUCUUUAUCCUGCUGUCGAUCUCCGUCAUAUUAAGGUCACUUGGUCAUUUUUGUAGUAUGUGCUCUUAUUUAAAUGUCAUGAUACUAAGACCAAAACUGACUCCCAAUCUCUUAAGUACUGAGCUGCAAUACAGCCUGCUUAUCCAGAUUACUCUAAAUCCUCCUCAUGCUGCUGUUAGCAGAAAAUCAUCAAAAAAAAUAAAAAGCCGGAGUUGGAUGAUAUCAAAAAAAUAUGUUAAUGCAAAGUGGUGCCUGUGGGUGCAACAGUCGCACCCCCUUGUGGGAUUUAAUACAUACACAUUACUGUGAGUGCGGGCUUUAAAGAGUGAAGAAGACAUGAAUGCAGAUUUGGAGACAAUCAGCGUCUUUACUGUGGUGUGACAGCCUGCAAAUGGAGUUUAUUCUCAGCUUUGCCCGUGGGUUUAUGUGAAGCUCCUUUGUUCGCUCUCCUUUUGCACUUUAUAUCUAAAAGAACUGCAUUCUGCUUAGUCAGCAGUUGAUGACUGUGGAAAUAUUAACAGCUGCAUUGUAUGAAAUGAUAUGGCUUAGUGAAAGGGGAAAAAUCCUGUCAUUUGCAGCAGCUACCAAAAAAUGCAAACUCACAGCUGUUUUCCUCAUUUAAAUCUCCCAGUCCCUUAAACCACAUUACUAAUGCAGGGAUGUGUACUUUCUUUGCAAGAAACGGUCAUGUGAAACCUUCCAUUUUGUUCCUGCAGUUCUGGGAAGUGAUCAGCGAUGAGCAUGGUAUUGAUCCCACAGGGACUUACCAUGGAGACAGUGACCUGCAGCUGGACAGGAUCAGUGUCUACUACAAUGAGGCCACAGGUUAGCAGCUUUUCAAGCUACUGAUUUGUACUUAUGGAAAAUAAUACUUGAAUUCAGCUUUGCCAAUACAUCUUAGAGUGUAUUUUAGUCAUAUUAUCACCUUCUAAUGUUUCCUUAUGCAGCCUUAAGUAUACAACAUUCUAGACUGUGGUUUCCUGCCCUAUUAAGCUGGUAUAUUUUCCCUACUUUUCUCCCUCUUUCUCUCUUCUUCUUGCCUUUGGUUUUCUUGUGAAGGAGGUAAAUAUGUUCCUCGUGCCAUUCUUGUGGACUUGGAGCCCGGCACCAUGGACUCCGUGAGGUCUGGCCCCUUUGGACAGAUCUUCAGACCCGACAACUUUGUGUUUGGUGGGUAGAAAAAUGUCAUGAUCCCACCAUAACUUCAACCCUCUGUGAAAAAAAACUGGAUAGUCUCUCAACUUUUCGUCAAUGUUUUUUCUUCUCAGGUCAGAGUGGUGCUGGAAACAACUGGGCAAAGGGUCACUACACAGAGGGAGCUGAGCUGGUGGACUCAGUCCUCGAUGUGGUACGCAAAGAGUCAGAGAGCUGUGACUGCCUGCAGGGCUUCCAGCUCACCCAUUCUCUUGGUGGUGGAACUGGAUCUGGUAUGGGAACCCUGCUCAUCAGCAAGAUCCGUGAGGAGUACCCUGACCGCAUCAUGAACACUUUCAGUGUGGUGCCUUCCCCCAAGGUAAAGCAAUCUUGUGAUAGAGCAUGAGUAUUUGGGGUUUUAAUCUCAGCUCCUUGUGCCUUGGGUUUUCUCUCUUUGAGUCAUGAGACUGAGGAAAGAGUGUGUGUUUUCUGUCCUCAGGUGUCAGACACAGUGGUGGAGCCUUACAACGCCACCCUGUCAGUUCACCAGCUUGUAGAGAACACAGAUGAAACCUACUGCAUUGACAACGAAGCCCUUUACGACAUCUGCUUCCGCACCUUGAAACUGACCACACCCACCUACGGAGACCUUAACCACCUGGUGUCUGCCACCAUGAGCGGCGUCACCACCUGCCUGCGCUUCCCUGGUCAGCUAAAUGCCGAUCUCCGCAAACUGGCUGUCAACAUGGUGCCUUUCCCCCGUCUGCACUUCUUCAUGCCCGGCUUCGCACCCCUGACCAGCAGAGGCAGCCAGCAGUACCGCGCCCUCACAGUCCCUGAGCUCACCCAGCAGGUGUUCGAUGCCAAGAACAUGAUGGCCGCCUGUGACCCACGUCACGGCCGCUAUCUGACAGUUGCCGCUGUGUUCCGUGGCCGCAUGUCCAUGAAGGAGGUCGAUGAGCAGAUGCUUAAUGUGCAGAACAAGAAUAGCAGCUACUUCGUUGAAUGGAUCCCCAACAACGUCAAGACCGCCGUCUGUGACAUUCCACCCCGUGGCCUCAAGAUGGCUGUCACUUUCAUUGGUAACAGUACAGCCAUCCAGGAGCUGUUCAAACGCAUCUCUGAGCAGUUCACCGCCAUGUUCCGUCGCAAGGCUUUCCUUCAUUGGUACACAGGUGAAGGUAUGGAUGAGAUGGAGUUCACUGAGGCAGAGAGCAACAUGAAUGACCUGGUGUCUGAGUACCAGCAGUACCAGGAUGCCACCGCUGAAGAGGAGGGUGAAUUUGAAGAGGAGGCUGAAGAGGAUGCUUGAAGAUAAGAUGUGAAGGUCAAUUCAUUCAAACCACAACAAGAAAUAAACAAGGGAAAAAACCACAACAGUAACUAAGAAGCAAACCUAGUGUCCGGAGCAUUACUAGAAUCAAACUAGAAAAUGUUAGAUAUCGCUUGUGAUUCACUGCGAAUAAAGUUGUCAAACAAAAGUCA